GGUCAGUCAUAACAACAGUGAUGGCGGCUGCUGCACGGCUUUUUCUGCGAGGCUCCAAACUCUCCAUCUCCGGCGUUGGCACCGGGACUCACGGCUCUGUUGGAGCGGCUGUGCUGAAACUGUCUCCGGACCGCAGCUCCCGCACAAAGACACAACGGAGACAUGCAUCACACUUUACCUUCCAGCCUGACCCCGUCCCCACACAAUAUGGUCCUACCCAGAAGAUGAACUUGUUCCAGUCAAUUACAAGUGCCUUGGACAACACGCUCUCCUCUGAUCCCACUGCAGUCAUCUUUGGGGAGGAUGUUGCCUUCGGAGGAGUGUUUCGAUGCACAGUGGGUCUGAGAGACAAGUACGGAAAGGACAGAGUCUUCAACACUCCCCUUUGUGAGCAAGGCAUUGUGGGAUUUGGCAUCGGCGUGGCUUGUGCCGGAGCCACUGCCAUUGCAGAGAUCCAGUUUGCCGACUACAUCUUCCCUGCUUUUGACCAGAUAGUCAACGAAGCAGCCAAGUACCGCUACCGAUCGGGGAACCUGUUCGACUGCGGGAAUCUGACCAUCCGGGCUCCGUGGGGUUGCGUGGGCCACGGGUCGCUUUACCACUCCCAGAGCCCAGAGGCCUUCUUCGCCCACUGCCCGGGAAUCAAGGUUGUAAUACCCCGCAGUCCGGUGCAGGCCAAAGGACUGCUCCUCUCGUGCAUCGCUGACAGGAACCCCUGCAUAUUCUUUGAGCCCAAGAUCCUGUACAGAGCAGCAGUGGAGCAAGUUCCCGUGGAGCCGUACUCCAUCCCGCUCUCGCAGGCCGAGGUCCUCCAGGAAGGAAGCGACGUCACUCUGGUUGCCUGGGGGACGCAGGUCCAUGUGAUGAAGGAGGUGGCCAGCAUGGCUCAGGAGAAGCUGGGCGUGUCCUGCGAGGUUAUCGACCUACAAACCAUCCUUCCCUGGGAUACUGAAACUGUCUGCAAGUCGGUGGUGAAAACCGGACGCCUGCUCAUCAGUCACGAGGCGCCAGUCACAGGAGGCUUCGCUGCUGAAAUCAGCUCCGCGGUGCAGGAGGAAUGUUUCCUGAACCUGGAGGCUCCCAUCAGCAGGGUCUGCGGUUACGACACUCCCUUCCCUCACAUCUACGAGCCCUUCUACAUCCCGGACAAGUGGAAGUGCUUCGAAGCGAUCAGGAAGAUGAUCAACUACUGAAGCGGGCCGGAGCCAGUUUCUGGUCGCCAUGAACUCCACGCUCUCUCCCCUCCUUUCCUCUCCGUUCAUCCAGUCGGCAGAGAGCGGCCAGGAAACGACUGUCAGCUGUCCAAUCAGAGUGAGGCAUCCAGAUGGGCUCCCCGUCCGUCUGCGUUCCCCGAGCUGAAAGACUUUUACCAUAUCUGUAGGUUUAAUGGCCACAUUAUACGAUGAAACCUCUGCAGUACUGUCCGCACAAAGCACACCACUUCAUCUAAUCUGGAAUAAGAGCUGAAAUCAUGGAGAAUGUGUGACCGACCGUCUGCCUUUUAGUGCUGUUACUUUCGAUUGUCUUUGACUGUAACCUUUAUUUAGUUUGACACCAUUUGGACCUUCUUGUAUUCUUCUUGUACUAAUAUCAUGGAUCUGUGGUUUUUAAGGAAAAUAAAGUAAUUAGAAUUGGUAAAAACACUUU